UAAAUUGUCAAAUCUUGCGUUUACGUAAAUGUUUCUAACCUAGAAGCUGCAUUUUCGAGCUUUUCGCGCGAUUCGCGCUUAGCUAAAAUCGAAAAAUGAAUAAACUAUUAAAUUUUCACGGAUAAACAAUCGCCAAAAGCGCAAGUAUUCAAAAAACCAACUCACCAAUCCUCAGUACUUAAUCGCGGCUUCUCCGAAAAUCCAUCGGAAGAGCCAACCAAAACCUUCGACGAACACAUCCUAACCUCGAAAUCGCACCGUUCACCAGCACCAGCGCUGCGGUCUCCCAUCUACGCCUUGCACGUGAUCAUCGCUCGUCGUGUCGCGCCUUCAAAGAACAGAUAUAUCCCCGACAGCGGCGUGGUCCUUCUCUUACAUCCGAAAUUCGUUGAAACGUGCAGUUAAGUAGUCUAUCAACCGGCGAGAGUGAAAAUCAACGAUCAAUAAUGUCGGCGAUCAGUCUGUUGAAUCCGAAGGCUGAGUUCGCCAGGGCGGCUCAGGCACUGGCCAUCAACAUCUCCGCGGCCAAGGGAAUCCAGGAUGUCAUGAAGACCAACCUCGGACCCAAGGGAACCAUGAAAAUGCUGGUGUCUGGAUCCGGAGACAUCAAAAUCACCAAGGAUGGCAACGUUCUUCUCCAUGAAAUGCAGAUCCAACAUCCUACAGCUUCCCUCAUUGCCAGAGCAUCCACAGCUCAGAACGACAUGACUGGAGAUGGAACAACCAGUACAGUAUUGUUGAUCGGAGAAUUGCUGAAGCAAGCUGAUGUUUACAUUUCCGAGGGUCUUCACCCAAGGAUGGUAACCGAAGGAUUCGAUCUGGCCAAGAACAAAACUCUUGAACUUUUGGACAAAAUAAGGGUGCCCAUUGAGCCUACCAAGGAUGCACUACUCGACGUCGCAAGAACUGCAUUGAAAACCAAAAUCCACCCUGCAUUAGCUGAGAAGCUCACAGAAAUUUGCGUUGACGCGGUCCUCACUAUCAGGCAGCCUAAGGUAGCCAUUGACUUGCACAUGGUUGAGAUUAUGGAGAUGCAGCACAGGACAUCGGCUGACACCACUCUUGUCAAAGGUCUGGUACUGGAUCAUGGCUCCAGGCAUCCAGAUAUGCCAAAGAAACUUGAAAAUUGUUACAUUUUAACUUGUAAUGUCAGUUUGGAGUAUGAGAAGAGCGAGGUCAACAGUGGCUUCUUCUACAAAACAGCCGAGGAGCGCGAGAAGUUGGUAGGUGCUGAGCGCGAGUUCAUUGACAACCGCGUAAAGAAAGUCAUCGAGCUGAAGAGAAAAGUUUGCAAUGGUACAGACAAGAGCUUUGUGCUGAUCAACCAGAAGGGAAUUGACCCGCCAUCUCUAGAUAUGCUCGCCAAGGAAGGUAUUAUCGCUCUGAGACGUGCCAAGCGCAGGAACAUGGAGAGGCUGAGUCUUGCCUGUGGUGGUCAGGCCAUGAACUCAUUUGACGACCUGCAGGAAGAGCAUCUGGGAUAUGCUGGCUUGGUUUAUGAGCACGUUCUGGGCGAAAACAAAUUCACGUUCGUUGAGGAAUGCAAACAGCCGAACUCCGUGACAAUUCUUCUUAAGGGUCCCAACAAGUACACGCUCGUACAGUUGAAGGACGCCGUUUACGAUGGUCUCAGAGCAAUCAAAAAUGCCAUUGAUGAUGGUUCAGUUAUUCCUGGUGCAGGUGCCUUUGAAGUAGCAGCUAAUCAAGCUCUCCUACAAUACAAAAAUGAAGUAAAGGGAAAACAACGUCUUGGAGUUCAAGCUUUUGCAGAAGCUCUUCUCGUGAUACCGAAAACGCUAGCUGUCAACAGUGGAUUCGAUUCACAAGACACAAUUGUCAAGUUGCAAGAAGAGUCGACAACGUUAAAUCAAGCAGUGGGAUUGGAUAUUUCCUCUGGUGAAGCCAUUGACCCCAAAGCAGCCGGUAUUUUUGAUAACUACAUCGUUAAGAAGCAAAUCAUCAAUUCUUGCACCGUCAUCGCCAGUAACCUACUCCUUGUAGACGAAAUCAUGAGAGCAGGUUUAUCAUCGCUCAAGGGCUAAUACUCUCAUAUAUAAGAGAAUCCACGUUUAUUUUAAUGUUAAUAAUUUACCGAUUACUUAUUGAUUAAGCAACGGCCAUUCUCACUGCUUUUAUUUGUCGGUUUGCCGAUGGAAUUCAUAGCUUUUUACGAUUUGUACUUCACGCGUUCAAAAAAAUAAAACUAUUUCGUACCACUGGUAA